AUGCAAAACAAAGGCCUGGUUGACUUUGACCAGAAGAGUCUGGCAACACCGCCAACCCGCCCAUCCUCUCUCCAGCAAAGCCCUAACGCACCAUCAGAAUACCACAAUAAAAUCCUAACCAAGCUCGCCGGCGGUAACGCCCGCCAUGGCUGCUAUGGCCUCGCCGUCACCAUCUUCCUCCUGGGCAUUUUCCGCGACCUCCUCUACGAACGAGCCCUACGCGCCCAGCCCUCCCACCCGCUCCUCGAGACCCCCCUUGCGACUUACAUCUCCUACGCGCUGCUCGCCACCGGCAACUUGCUCGUGCUCUCCUCCAUGUGGGCGCUGGGCAUCACGGGCACGUAUCUCGGCGACUACUUUGGCAUCCUGAUGGAUGAUAUCGUGACGGGGUUUCCUUUUAGUGUCACGCAGAGCCCGAUGUAUUAUGGGAGUACCAUGAGCUUUCUGGGGACCGCGAUUCUGUUCGGGAAGCCAGCGGGUAUUCUCCUGACGGUGGAGGUGUUGGUCGUUUACUUGAUUGCGUUGAGAUUUGAGGAUCCAUUUACGGCGACUAUCUAUGCUAAGCGGGAGAAAUCGCGGAUUGGGGGAAAUGGGGAUGCGAAGAAGGAGUUGUAG